GGACGACGGAACUUAUGAGAAUACAAAAGAUUCAAUUCAAUUCAAGAUGAAAUAAAAAAAAAUCUUAAACAUUCACUGGCUGGGAUGGCGGAAUAAACCAAUGUUAAAUUAUUUUAUUUCUAGAUACUAGCUAUAAGAUGUCACAAACUCGUCCUAGAAAUGAAAUCUAAAUUGACAGAGUCAAUAUUCGCCCGCGAAAACUUUUUUCAAAAGAAUCAAUAUUCAAUCUAAAGCAAUAUAAAGAAUAGUCAAAAAUGAAGGAUUAGUUAGACUCAGAGAAUCAUGAAAAAACUGUAGAAUAAUUCAUUUCAAUUCAAAUAGAUUUAAAAAAAAGAUCACUCAAUCCCUAAAUAUUAUUUUGACUUCUCAGUCCAGACUUUUAUUAUCUAUCUUUAGAUUUAGAUAUCUUCACUAUGAUUAGUCAAUUUGAGUCAAACGCUCAUUUUGUAAAUACUUUAUUCGUAAUUCGCGAGGAGCUGGAUGAGAAGAAACUCUCACAUCCGGUUCUGUAGUAGAGAUGGAAUAAAUAAAAAUCCAUCAACUAUAACCCCAAAAGAACCAGAUUCCGUAAACAACAUAGAGGAAGAAUGAAGGGAAUAGCUUCUCGAGGGAAUCAUAUUUGUUUCGGUAAAUAUGCGCUUCAAGCACUUGAACCCGCUUGGAUCACAUCUAGACAAAUAGAAGCUGGGCGACGGGCUAUGACACGAAAUGCACGUCGUGGAGGAAAAAUAUGGGUACGUAUAUUUCCCGAUAAACCAGUUACUGUACGACCCGCAGAAACACGUAUGGGUUCAGGAAAAGGAUCCCCUGAAUAUUGGGUUGCUGUUGUUAAACCCGGUCGGAUACUUUUUGAAAUGGGUGGAGUAACAAAAAAUAUUGCCAGAAAAGCUAUUUCAAUAGCAGCAUCAAAAAUGCCGAUACAAACUCAAUUCAUUAUUUCGGAGAUAGAAUAGACGAUAUAACUCUAGAACCAACCCAAAGAAUCUUAAGAAUGAAACAAAAACAAAAAAAAAAGAGGUUUCGUUUUAUGUUUGUGGACAAAAAAUAUUUCUUUUUUUCUUCGCCCUUUGCAUUGUGAAAGAAAAGAAUAAAAAAAAUGCUAUGAUUCAAUCCCAAACCCUUUUAAAUGUAGCGGAUAACAGCGGGGCUCGAAAAUUGAUGUGUAUUCGAAUAAUAGGAGCUAGCAAUCGUCGAUAUGCUUAUAUUGGUGACAUUAUUGUUGCUGUUAUCAAAGAAGCUGUACCUAACAUGCCUCUACAAAGAUCUGAAGUAGUUAGAGCCGUAAUCGUGCGUACCUCUAAAGAACUAAAACGUGGCAACGGGAUAAUAAUACGAUAUGAUGAUAAUGCCGCAGUUGUUAUUGAUAAAGAAGGAAAUCCAAAAGGGACCAGAAUUUUUGGUCCAAUCCCCCGGGAGUUAAGACAAUUAAAUUUUACUAAAAUCGUUUCAUUAGCUCCUGAGGUAUUAUAAAAAAAAAUUAAAAAAUGGAGUAGAAUCUGUCUCACGUAUAUAACUUUAAGAUUAAAAUAAAGUAAGAUAAACACAAUAAUCCAUAGACAAUAAAAAAAACACGUUGAGAGUAGAAAAAUUUUUAGCUCCAUAAUUAGAGUUCAUCAUGGGUAGGGACACUAUUGCUGAGAUAAUAACUUCUAUACGGAAUACUCAUAGGGAUGGAAAAAGAACAGUUCGAAUCCCAUCCAGUAAUAUUAACGAAAAGAUUGUAAAACUCCUUUUAAAAGAAGGUUUUAUUGAAAGUGUGAGAAAUCAUCGAGAAAACAACAAAAAUUUUUUAGUUUUAACUCUGCAACAUAUAAACACUAAAAAAAGGACCUUUAGCAAUAUUCUAAAUUUAAAACGGAUAAGUCGACCCGGUCUACGAAUGUAUUCUAAGUCUAAAAAAAUACCUAAAAUUUUAGGCGGGAUGGGGGUUGUAAUUCUUUCUACUUCACGUGGUAUAAUGACAGACCGAGAAGCCCGACUGCAAAGAAUCGGGGGGGAGAUUUUUGUUUUAUAUAUGGUAAUAUUUUCAAGAUGCCAAUUAGGUAGAAACUUUCCAUUUCUAUGAUUCCCAAAUGGGAUAUUUUAGAAUCUAAUGAAAUCCCCAUUCCUUAUUGCUUCUAGGUCACUGAAAUAAAGAAUAAAGUCCUUCGG